AUGGCUCCCUACCCCUACUUUCUUUUGCUGGUUUUCGUUUUGCAAGUGACUCAACAGUUCCAAUUCUCAGCCCUGGAGCUAGCUUACAUCAGUAGUGACGAGUUUGAAACGAAAAUGUCCCUCGGUGUCAAUGACAUUAGGUUCCCUGUAGCCACAUCCUUUCUAGACGAUUUUGCUGAUGGAGGUACUUGGGCUUUUGCAACAGGAGACUCACUCUCAAGUCUCAAUAAGAUACUCUUUGGAGGUCUAGCUAAUUUUUCAGCGCAGGAGUUUCUAGAUUGCACUAAGAAAGCCAAGGGAUGCAGAAGUGGCUUUCCCAGUGACGCUUUCGAAUACGCACGGACUCAUAGCAUUGCAGCAGCAGCUGAUUAUCCCUUUGUUGGGGAAGCUGGAGCUUGCAAGCACAAGGAAAAACAAGGCAAAGUUUCUCUAAAAGAAUUUGAGAGCAUUGAAGGAACAGACAAAGCAAUCGAAAAAAACAUGUUGAAGGCAGUACACAAUCAGCCACUGACUGCUGUUAUCGAUGGCUCAAAGGCCGAGUUCAAGAGCUAUGCUGGAGGGAUUUACAAAGGACCCUGUGCCGAAUCUGGAAGUUUAUCAGUGCUGGUUGUGGGCUAUGGUUCCGAAAAUGGAGACAAAUAUUGGAUCAUAAAAAAUUCGUGGGGAACUGAGUGGGGGGAGAAUGGAUACAUGAAACUAGAAUGCAAUUCGAAUAUCUUUGGUGGACGGUGUGGGAUUUACAUAAACGUGUUUUAUCCCACAGAGCUAGGGCCGCCUCCGUCACAUUUUCCUCCACCACCACCACCACCUUCACCAUCUCCACCGCCACCUUCACCGUCUCCACCACCGCCUCUGCCAAGGCAACGCUGCUAUACGCAACUAUGCAAGGCAGGAGAAGAAUGUUGCUGUUACUGGGCUCCAUGUAAGUUCUUCCACAUUUGUUGCCCAAAAGGCAAGUGUGGAAUUACCAUCUUUUACCCAUGCAAACUUAUAUGAAAAGGGGCUUUGAGCAAUAAACACAGCUGCUAGCCAUGAAACAUUGGCUUCCAGAGCUUCCCAAGCUGGUCCUA